GGCUUCUAGUGGGCACACACACACACACACACACGCAUCGCUGCUACAACUACACUUUAGCGUGCCAUCUGCCUGUACUCUUCUUCUUAUUUUCAUUUUGUCGCUCAAAGGACGAAGACGUGGCCGCCGGAACGAAGCACGGCGAGUCGGUCCUUCACGAGCGCUUCACAACGGCGCACACACGUUGAAAUGGCUCAAGACGGCCCGUGCACUGACAAAGGAAUAACAAAGAAGCUGAGUCAGCAAAACGAAAGCUCUCGUCGCCGAUGCCGCGUGCCACAACGUCGUUCUUCUGCGAAGACCGCAGCUCACCAGCCUUCUCCAACAACGGCGACGAUGAACACCGACACACGGAGCAAACCGCCCCACAGCGUUCGCCCUCGACCCCGCCACUGAGCUGCUCCUCAUCCAGCGGCGGGUCCUUCACACCGCUGUCGGCGCGGCGACCCCCGGCAGCCCACCGAGCCGGCUGGCGGGCGCGACUGUGGGAUUUCCUUUUCCCCGGCGAAGACACCGCGGGUGUGGAAGGGGCUGCGCUGCACUACGGACACGGCGAGGCCUCGAGCCUCUACCCGGCCCCGUACCGCACCGAGGAGGCGGGAGCGACUCCCGCGGACGGGCCGUGGUCGCCGUACGCCACGACGGAGCCAGCCACGGGUACCGUGAGGGAUUCGAUGGAGCCGUGGCAUUACAUGCAGGUGCCGCUGUCCCGCGUCAUCCUCUUUCUGCGUCUGCAGCAGCGCCUGGCGGAGCAGUGGUCACAGGGGUGGCUCUACGCACCAUUCUUCGUCAUGCUGACGCUGUUUGUGUUCAUCGAACCGGGCCGCGGCGGCUCGCAGGCCGUCGUCGACUUUGGCGCCAUACGUCGCGGCAACCUGGCCCAGCCGCGCGCAGCGUCGACAACGCGGGCGGCGAUCCUGCUGGAGGCCUUCCGCCUUGACACGGAGGCCGUCACCACGCCCACCGAAACGAACACCGGGGGCAGCUUCGUCCCCGGCAACAGCGAGCGCUACGCGUGGAUGUACAGCUGGUAUAACGAAACGGUGAAUCUCUGGACACCCCCACCGAACCGACGUGUGGAGGUGGACGAGCAGCUGGAAAGCAUCGCCCGCACCCAUCACGAGCCGGUUUUUGUGAAUCUGAAGUCGGUCCGCACGCGGCGCGACGUGCUGCGGUGGUUGCAGCUGCAGUGCGUUCCGCGACUGUGGAACUGCAGGAAUCCGAGCUUUGAGCGGCAGUGGCGGAGUACGAUGACCGGCGCCCACUACCAACUCGGUGCCGUACGUCUAGUCAGUCGACGCUAUCAGCAAAGGGCGCAGGGCACGAAGGAGGUGCGGGCCGCUUCAAAGGCGGACUUGGGCACGGGCCUUACGCCUGGCGCUGCACCGGCGCCGAUGGUGACGCCUCUGCGCGACGCCGCGGUGGCCACCCCUAUCAUCAUCGACAAGCGCGCUGCACCCCCUGACAUCCCCCGCGUGAUCUGCGGGCCGUCGAACUCUUCCUUGUCGGCCUCCUCUGCGCCUGCGUUUAGCUUUCACAACCAUGUCGGCGGCUACGUUGCGCUCCUGCCUUUCGCCUCGUCUUGCAGCGCCGUCCGUGGCGUGCUGUCGGUGAUGGAGACGCCGAAGAAGGACGUGCUCUGGCCGCCUGCCUACAACAGCUCGCUAGAGAUGCGCGAGGCGUGGAUGGACUACACCGAGACGGACCGCGAUACCGACACGGCCAUCGCCGACGCCGCGACGAGCUGCGCAUCGUUUCUGUUCGACCCCGCCGUAUCGGAGGUUCUGCUGCAGUACGUCGAGUACGCCGCGAGGACCAAUCGAUACACGGUGGUAGAGGUGCAGUUCGCGAUGUCGACGGGUGGCGCAGUCGUGCGGCCCCGCCUCUCCACCUACUCCCUCAGCGCGCUGCGGUGGGACGCCACCUUCACCCCGCUCGCCCUCAGCAUCUGCCUUGCGCUGACAGGUCUCUUUUACGGCCACUGCUUGCUGCGUCGGAUGCUGGCGCAGUACGCGGCGAAGGUGUCGUGCCUCGCCCGCCCACGGUGUGCCCUCUCGCAGCGGCUGUGGUGUGCGCUGAUGGUGUUCCUGCACACGCAGAACUUAGUCCACCUCCUCGCCCUCGUCCUCGCUGCGGCGGCGAUCGGGUCGUGGUGGCACACACUGGUGCUGUACACAAGCGUACCAGCGCUGCGCUACGCAGAUCGCAACGCGUACCCGCAGCGCAUCGACGACGUCGCUCGACACGCCAGCGUGCUGCUGCCGCGCCUCUGCGCGGGUGCGCUUUUCUUUGGAACAAUCGGAUUGUUCCGCUUCGCGUGUGUAGCGCCUGGAGUAUGGCUGUGCGUGCAGACGGUCGCCCGCUGCGCGCCGCGGCUGGGUGUGAUCUUCUGCGCCUGGCUGAUCGUGAACGUCGGGAUGGCGAUGAUGUGCGUUAUGCUCUACGGCAGUGCCGUUUACGAGUUUCGCUCCUUCGGCUACGCCUACACGAUGCUGGUCUUCGCGCUGUUGGAUGGCGGGCGAUCGAUGAUGAACUCCUUCACGGUGGGCAAGCAGACCGGCCACUACUCCAUCCUCCCUCAGGACGACUUUUUGCCGGGUAUUCGCGGGUCGCGACUGGGCCGCCUCGAGCCGAUGCCGCUCGACUACCGCGCCACCACGCUGAUGGUCAGCAACCCCUCCAUCUACCCCGUCUUCCUCCUCUUCUUUUACUACUUCCAGAGUUUGGUGAUCAUCAUCUGGGGCACCGCGACAAUUGUGGAGUCGUACCGCAACGUGCUGCUGCUGCCGGAGGCGGCGGAGCUGCCGCUGUGGCGCGCCCUGUGGACGCUGCAGCUUUCGUCCCUCCCGAGAGCUCUCAACGCGGAGUUCGCGAAGGAGACCAUUCGCCGCCUGCUGCUCUCGCGGGAUGAGGCGGUGAUGCUGAAGGACAUGGAGUACCACCUGCGUCUCGCCUACGCACGAGCGCCGGCGGGGUCGCCCGCAGCGUCCACCGUGUCGCGUCACCGCGGAUGGCACGCGAGGGAAAGCCAAGACGAAGACGACGCCUUUUUCUUCCAGGAAGGCGCACAUGAGACGGCGGUGUCGCUGACGAUGGUGCUGUGGCUGCUGCCGCGUGCGUUGCAGCCAGAGUACGGCGCGGCCCACCUGCGCCGUCUGUGGUACCUCUGCGUGGCCGCCGUGCAGGCAGCACAACGCAUGGAGCAGCCAUGGAAGUCGGCGCAGUGGCGGCAGCACUGGGAACAGCAACCCAACAGUCUGUCGGGGUGGCUGCACGCGUCGCUGCCGGAAGGCAACACGAUCGAGGAGCAAGCCGCUCGUGUUGCGAUGCAGCUGGAAGAGUUGCCCAACAGCGUCGUGCGCUACGUCGAGGGAAAGUUCUUGUAA